UGCCCCAUUUGUGAGGGACAAGUAUGUGGUCUCUAGGGCCUCCUGGCCUCUGUCAGACGGUUCUGUAAGUCAGGUGGCCUUUGUUUCUUAUUUUUCCCCGAUUUUUCUCCCUUUCUUCUUUAGUCUUCCAUUCCCAGAGAAAUUUAGAGCUUGUUGGUGUGUAGCUGAAGUGAACAGAACUGGUGACAUUUAAGGAAAGGGCUGUAACAGAAGCAAGGAAGAAAAUCCCAGUCAGCAGUGGCAUUUGGGAGGUAUGGGUAUAGAAAUAGAACCAUUGUUGUAAACCAGGAAGAAAAAAGAUACCAUUAAAAGCGGGAGAGCGAACCAGCAAAUCUGAGCAAGGAAGGCAGAAUCCUGAAGUCCCAGUUGAGUCAGAAUGGAUGAACAGUCACAAGGCAUGCAAGGGCCACCCGUUCCUCAGUUCCAGCCACAGAAGGCAUUACGACCAGAUAUGGGCUAUAAUACUUUAGCCAACUUCCGAAUAGAAAAGAAAAUUGGUCGUGGACAAUUUAGUGAAGUCUAUAGAGCAUCCUGUCUCUUGGAUGGAGUUCCAGUAGCUUUAAAAAAAGUUCAGAUAUUUGAUUUAAUGGAUGCCAAAGCACGUGCUGAUUGUAUCAAAGAAAUAGAUCUCCUUAAGCAACUCAACCAUCCAAAUGUAAUUAAAUAUUAUGCAUCUUUCAUUGAAGAUAAUGAGCUGAACAUAGUUUUGGAGUUAGCAGAUGCUGGUGACCUCUCCAGAAUGAUAAAGCACUUUAAGAAACAAAAGAGGCUAAUCCCGGAGAGAACCGUUUGGAAAUACUUUGUUCAGCUGUGCAGUGCGCUGGACCACAUGCAUUCUCGAAGAGUCAUGCAUAGAGAUAUAAAACCAGCUAAUGUGUUCAUUACAGCCACUGGGGUAGUGAAACUCGGAGAUCUUGGACUUGGUCGGUUUUUCAGCUCCAAAACCACAGCUGCACAUUCUUUAGUGGGUACACCUUACUACAUGUCUCCAGAGAGAAUACACGAAAAUGGAUACAACUUCAAGUCUGACAUCUGGUCUCUUGGCUGUCUGCUCUAUGAGAUGGCUGCAUUGCAGAGUCCUUUCUACGGCGACAAGAUGAACUUGUACUCCCUGUGUAAGAAGAUAGAGCAGUGUGACUACCCACCUCUCCCGUCAGAUCACUAUUCAGAGGAGCUACGACAGUUAGUUAAUAUAUGCAUCAACCCGGAUCCAGAGAAGCGGCCAGACAUCGCCUAUGUUUAUGACGUGGCAAAGAGGAUGCAUGCAUGUACUGCAAGCAGCUAAACUCUACAAGAUCCUGAGGACGGCAGCCAAAAUCAUUUAAAAGUGUUCUUGUGCAAACUAUACCUCCCUGCUUAUGUCUGGGUGUUAAGAUUACUAUCCCAGAGCUAAUGCGCUUUGAAUCCUUAACCAGUUUUCAUAUGAGCUUCAUUUUUUCUACCAGCCUUAAUCACCUUCCCAAUCCACCACUUUGGAAUGCUCAGAUUGCAUCAGGAAUGCAAGCACAACAAGAGUUUUUAAUGGCGUAAGGUUUGAGAAUUGUUUAUAGAGUUUCUGCUGAUAGGUUGGGUUUAGAGUCAGUCAGUCAGAUGGUGAAGCACACACAGGCACACGUCCAGAGGGAUGCAGAACCUGGCGAAGGACCUGAGCAUUUGACCUGUUUGCUUUUAAGUCACUUCUUGGACAUUGUAGUGGACAUAAUUGUGAACUUCUCUUGUUUUUUUGUUUUUUGGGUUUUUUUUAAGUUUGAAGUACAUGUUUUAGUUCUUAGCAUUAGUCUUCAGAUAUAAUUCUUAUAAUACAUGGAGACAAACUUUUUGAGAAAGAUUUAAAAUUUUUAGUUUAUACAUUCAAAAUGCAACUAUUAAAUGUGAAAACAUAGAGGGCAAAGUGUGAGUUGACCACUGAAAGUCUUGUGUUUCAGUGCCUUUGGAAGCCUCUUUUGUGUUUAAAUGGUAUAAAUGAACCCAUUUUAAAAAGUGGUUAAGGACUCGUUUGCCUGGUGUGAUAGUCAUUUUUAGCAUGCACAUUGCUCAAGGCUCUGUUUUUUAUUGUACAUUUGAAGAAUAUUCUUGGAAUAAUAUUGCAGUAACUAUAGUUCAUUUUCUUUACAAAUCUAAAUACACUUAACUCAUAACUAUACACUGUAAUGUAAGCAUAUAUUUUUAUUCAUAUAUUGAAUUGAAGUUUUGAUCAGUUCCCCUUUGGAAUUUUUUUUAUUCAAGUUGCUUUCUUAUUUAUAUUGUGUGUGCAUUUUAUCCAUUAAAUGGUUCAGAUUUUCUGAGAACGAAUUCCCUUUUUAAAAGAUAUUUGAUAUGCCAACACUUUUCUUAGAUUGAAACUUUUUUUAAAAAAACAUUUGGGCCAUGCUAGGUGCAUCUGUCUUAUCUUGUUAGAAAGAAAAGGUGUGUGUUAAAAUGUGCCUGUGGAUGUUUUGUUUGACAGGUUAUAGUUUUAGAGUACGUUUAACUACAUGAAGACUGGCCCUUCCUGAAGACAGAGCUGUUACGAGUGGCAUUUCUGUGGUGACGCUUUGGAGUGAAGUGCCGUAUUUGCGUAUGAAGAUGACAGACAUUUUAGUUAAGGAGGGGGAAAAAAGGAGAAAUAUUUAGGAAUCCUUGAGGUGAAAGCUUGUUUUUCCUGGAUGUCUUCAUCUUAAUACCAACCAAUUUCUUCAAAGAAUUGUGGAGCCAGAGAACAGAGUGGUAGUGGCUGUUGAAGAACCCCGUGUGCCAUGGCAGAGCAUUGGGAAGACUUAUCCUGCCGGCUGGCCCGUCGGUCGGUCCGGGCAGCCCUGACUUCUGGGCUAUACUUGGCCUGAUAGAGCUCCUGGGUUUGUUUUCUCACGAGUAUUCUUUCUAUAGUGAUUUUCAAGUAAUUUGUAAAUUUUCAAAAUAAUGUCUUUUAAUUCACUAUGUAUGCUGUCUUAGACAAAGGAUAUCUGGUUGUUGUUUUGUCUUGAAAGCUGAACUGGGUUGCAUCCCAGACCUUAGUGGCUCAUAGCAUUUACCCAUAGCUGUGAAGAAAGCUGAUUCUGGUGGCCAUUUGUGUUGUGUUAUUUCCAUUGUAAUGUCACAGGACUGACUGAGAUGAAAUAUCCCCUGCCUGCAAGAGUUGUUUUCUUUCCAUCUUUAAAAUCACUGCCUGGCCCUGGUGGUAAUUAAAGGAUAACACCUUUAAUCUCAGCACUUGGGCAGAGGCAGGUGGAUCUCUAUGAGUUCCAGGAAAGCCUGUUCUAUAGAGUGAGUUCCAGGACAGUCAGGGCUACACAGAGAAACCUUCUGUCUCAUAAAACCAAAACUAAAUGAAAAUACAAGGGUUAUUCCCUUGUAGUGACUUUGCUUUAUGAAUUUGUCUUCUAAACAACAAGAAGAAGAAGAAGAAAAAAAGAGUGGGAGAGUUAAUCAUCAGGGAUGGUCACUGUCAUUUUAUACAAGAGGAAACUCUUUCAAAUACUUUAAUUACAUGUGUUCAUAUCCAGCCCCCCCCACCAGAAAGAAUCCAUUGUGUAAAAACAAAUGCAAUGUGAUAAUUGCAAGUGAUUAUGAAAUUGAUUAGAAGUUCUAAUCUUAUAACAAUCACCUAUAAAAUAUUCUCUUUAUGUUUCUGUUUUAUGAGUACAUUUUAUAUGAAGUUAAAUAUUGGAAGUGAUUUGAGUAACAGGUCAAAUUAAAGGUACGGCUGCUUCGAAACCUUAUUUAGACAUUGGUACUAGUUACCCAGGGGAGAGUAUUGCAGUAAAGUUGGUUGGUAUGCUAUGGUGUGGAUGGCGAAUGAAGGGUACCCUACCUGCAGUGCUCAAGAAUGACCAAUGAUUGUAAAGUUAGCAAGAUGCCACCACCAUAUCACGGGCACUCUACCAUUCCUUAGUGUGCCCAUUACAAAACACCCGUCUUGUAUCCAUCUACUCCAGGUGUUGCUCUUAACUUUUCCUGUAUUUAUUAUAACCAAGAAGCUGUUAUUCUCACAAAUGUUUAUUCUUUUAAAUUGAAUGUAUGUUCAUAACCCACAAAUGCGCACUCUUCGCCUCCAAUUCCCAUAGUACUGUAAUAUGAAUUUCUUUUGUGAAAUACUUUUUAUUUUGUUAUGCUUUAAAUAUACAUGCAAAAGAUCCUGUUAUUAGCUUCAAAACUGUACAGUAUCUUAAUAUAAAUAUAUAAAAAUAAAAGAUGAGUACUGUAAGUUUGAGCAUCUGUCAGGGUCUCUCCCUCUCACCUCUCCAAAUCUACCAUUGCUGUGCUUGGCACUGAACCUACAGAAGUAGUUCCUAUACAGUUCCAGCACUUUGCUAUCUUGAAGGAAGCUAAGCAGUGACGCAUCAACCUCUCUUGGGGCUUUGGGGUUUUAUGGUUUGGUGUUGAAUGUGCAUUAUAUCAUGAAA